AUGGUCAAAAAGUUGGCACAGUUUCCGAGGAACACACUCCUCCUCCGCCUCCUUUUGUCUACAUCACCAACCACGGAAACAAUUGAUGUAUGGCACCACGGAACCAAAUCACUGCCUAAUCACGUGUCUGGAAGUGUGCUGAAAGCUGUGCCUGAGGCGACUGAGGAAACAAUCGGUGGAAAACAACAUCAAGUGGCAAUUAUGAAGCAACGGUGGAGGCUAUUAAGCGACAACAUCAGGCAAGAACCUUCGCUUUGCAGUGUUGGUUCAACAAGGGAUGGUGUAGUUGUUUAUCCUUUACCCACCUGCCCGCCCACCACACCUACUUCGCAAAUCACUCCUCAAUUCGCCGAGACGUGUAACCACCGCACAGCAUGUCUGUGGGGGUGUUUUGUGUGGCGUACUGCAGACACAUCAAUCGGUGGGGAUGGUUCGCUUGCUAAAGCUUAG